AUGCUGAAGUUCGGUGCUUUUUUAUUAGUUAUACUUUCCACUUCUAUACACCAGUGUGGUAGUGCUCCAACUGUCUAUACCAUAACUAAUCAACAGUAUGGUGCCAUCCAAACUGGUUGGACACGUGCUCAAGUGACAAAAUUAGUCGGAAGUCCAGGAAAUGUUGUAUCACAGGCUGGCACUGGGAGUACUAGUUUCAUGAUCAUUGAAUAUACAGGAAUAGGAGCUGGAGUGUCCAAUGCCAUAGCUGCUAUUGGAUUUAUCGGCGGAGCUGUUGUGUCAAAAUCUGAAGUCGGUUUUGAUACGACGACUGCUGGUAAAAUUAAUAUACAACAAUAUAAUACUAUACAAAUUGGAUGGACUCAAAGUAAGGUUUCACAGCUUCUUGGUGGUAAUGGCAACAUUGUCUCGCAAGCUGGUAAACCGGGUACAUCAUCUUACGUGGUCACUGCUCAGUAUACAGGAUCACAGUCAUCUUUCGCCAUAGUUUCAUUUGUAUUUAUUGGUGGAAUUCUUAAUAGCAAAUCUCAAAUUGGAUUAGAUACUGGAAUUUAUACAAUUACUAAGCAACAAUAUACUGCUAUCCAAAUUGGUUGGACACGUGCCCAAUUGACACAAUUAGUUGGCAGCUCAGGAAGUGUUGUAUCGGAGGCUGGCACGGGUAGUACGAAUUUUAUCACGGUCGAAUAUACAGGAACUGGGGCUGGAGUGGCCAAGGCCAUAGCUGUUAUUGUAUUUAUCGGUGGAGCUGUUGUGGCCAAAUCCGAAGCCGGUCUUGAUGCGGCGAUUGCUGGUAAAAUUAAUAUACAACAAUAUAAUACUAUACAAAUUGGAUGGAAUCAAAGUAAGGUUUUACAGCUUCUUGGUGGUAAUGGCAAUAUUGUCUCGCAAGCUGGUAAACCGGGUACAUCAUCUUACGUGGUCACUGCUCAGUAUACAGGAUCACAGUCAUCUUUCGCCAUAGUUUCAUUUGUAUUUAUUGGUGGAAUUCUUAAUAGCA